AAUUUGCUUGUACUAUAAAUAAUCUUAUAAGUAUUAGAACAAAAGGUCAAAAUUCCAAAAGAAUUAAAGGAUUCAAUGAUAGUACGAAUAUAUCAAAGAGUAAAAAUAAAAAGAAGCAAAUUUCUCAAAGUGAAUAUGAUCAAUCAAAUAAUGACGAUAAUACUAAUAGCGAUUAUAAUUUAAUUUAG